CAACGCUCAAAUGCUGAUGAAGUUAUGAAACUGGUGGAAAUAGGAGUGUCAGCCGCUAAGAACUUUACCCUCUGGUAGCCUAGUUUGCGCUUGCUCGUUCGCGCACAUCAGCAAAGCUUAAGCUCCCUAGCUCUUCUUUAGGCCGCAUAUCCUUACAGCUGUUAUACAAACGCAAUCUGCAUGCCGCCCUUUAAUCCGUUCCGAUCGCGCCUGAACACGCACAGCAUGCAUUAGUCGCUUUCCUUGACACUUAGAGCGGGAGCCCCCUGGCAGCGGCACAAUUUUUGCUUACGUUUUUUGCUUCGCGCUUGUGUACUAGUCCAGAUGCAGCUUGGAGUUCGGCUUCCGGCCGCUUGGUCAGCCAGGCGCAUGGGCAUGCUGCCGCUUAACAUCGGUCCUCGCUGCCCCGCACAUCCUCGCUGCGCCCCAGUCCACCCACGCCUAACCCCCUGCAAAGCAUCAGGCGGCGGGAAGGACCCAAAGGCGGGAGGGGGUGCUGCUGCGCAGCUGCGGCGGCUAGCACAGCAGGCGGAGCAGCACCUGCACCGCCUGGUGGAUUGCAUGACACCCAAACAGCAGGGCGACCUUGCCGACGUGGGUCUUGUCCUGCUGUCCACCCUGGUGCUCACCUGGCUGGCGGCGGCGCUGUACUCGCUGUACGCCUUUGCGUUCUUCAGCUCGGGUCAGCAGACCAUGGGGGCGUUCUUUGGCGCCGGG